AUGAUUGUUACCGACCAAGAUAGAGGUAUGAGAGCAGCUAUUCGUGAUGUUUUGGUGGAUACAAAGCAUAGAUGGUGCAUGUGGCACAUUAUGCUUAAACUUACCGACAAAAUUCCAAGGAGAUGUCUAGAAAAUGAAGAGUUGAAAAAAGAGAUUAGUGCUUGUGUGUGGUCUGAGGUACUAGAGCCGGAAGAGUUUGAAGAUUCAUGGAUGGGGAUAAUGGAGCGUUAUGAGCUUCUUCAUGUCGAGUGGUUUGUAACAAUGUUUGACGAUAGAGAGAUGUGGGUCCCUGCCUAUUUUAGAGACUUUCCCAUGGGGUCUCUUAUUAGGACGACGUCUGUUUCCGAGUCUGAGAAUAGCUUUUAUAAAACAUUCACCAGACCUCGCUCCAAUCUAGUUGAGUUCAUCAUGAAUUUUGAUCAUGCCUUGGCUGCACAGAGAAAUUCUAGCUCGAAGUUAGAUUAUAUGGAUUCAACUAUUAUACCACCGUUCUCCAGUCAGUUGGUAUUAGAAAAGCAUGCUGCAACAAAGUACACUGAUCACAUGUUCAAGAGAGUGCAACGUGAGAUAGUGGACGCAUUGCACCAUUGUAGCACUGAUGGUUUGUUGAAAGAUGAUGUGUUAGAGAUCUCCACAAUAAAGGACAAGUAUAGUAAAUCUUGGGUUGUUACCUACACGACCAGUGAGGAUUCGUAUUCCUGUUCUUGCAAAUUGUUUGGGAGAGAGAGAAUUCUUUGUAGUCAUAUAUUUUUGGUUUUCAAGAACAGGUUUUUGAAGGUUAUACCUGAUAAGUACUUCCAUGUGAGUUACAUGAAAAAAUUUGAUGCUGAUAGUGCCAUCAUUGAUUUGUUUUCAGCUGGAAUUGAUGAGCUUGGGAAGAGUCUUAUGACAAGAAUCCAUGAACCAUCUUCAGGAGACAAGGAUAAGCCAGUUAAAGAUUUCUAUUUUGCUGAAAAGCCAGCUGUGGUUAGAGUACAACCACCAUCAGUUGUGUCCACCAAAGGUUCGAAAAGUGAUUCCAAAAGCCGUUUGGUGUCCGCGAAGGAAAAGGCUAUAAAGUUGAACAGCAAACCAUUGCGUCAGUGUAAAAAAUGUGGCGAAUUUGGUCACCAUGACUCUAGGAACUGUGGUCGACAAAAGGGAAAAUAA